UAAUCGUCUUCUGUGCUGUAGACUAGCUAGCUUGCUAAUUAAGAUUUUUGCUAAUUCUAGGUACCUUGCAAGCAAAUGGGUUUUAUUUACAUAAGGCAACGUUUAGCAACAUUUUCUGCAACUGUUAGGUACUUGCUAUGAUCCAAGGCAGUCCGACAUCAGCUGGAAUCUUGAUGGAUAAUAUUGCCGCUGGCUAGCUGGGAGAGUUAUACAAAUGCAAGGAAACGAGCGAAAUAAAUAACUGCAAGCUGAACAUUCCGAUCGAGGACGCUUUGGUACGUCGCUAGCUAACGAGCGAACGUUAGCGCAUGUAGAAGUUGCCCGACGUCAGGACUCCCCUGGAAGGGCAAAUAUGUGGAACCCGGGAUCUACAACGCUGCAGUUCUUCGUCAAAGUCCUGAAACACACGGCAGGCAAGGGGCACAUUCAGCUGAGCCGCUGGCUGCAAAGAUCGGCCCAGGAGUCCAUGGACUGCGAUAAAAUUGAUAUUUUAAUUUGUAACGCGUUUGACGAGCGGGGCGCGGGUGGGAAACUGGACGUGGACCUGGAGAACGACAUCAACAAUGAGACGGGGAUCUCUUUCAUCGGGGACGCCAGGCAUCCGUGCUGUAUCACCACCUGUUGUUUCAAAAGCGCUCUGCUCGUGUGCAUUUUGACAGCUGUCUGCUUCUCCUCGGUGGCCCUCGUGCGCCAGUACCUCAAGGACCUGCUUAUUUGGGUCGAGAGUUUGGACAGCCUGGUUGGGGCUCUGCUGUUCAUCGUUGGGUUGAUUUUAGUCUCCUUUCCCUGCGGUUGGGGAUACAUAGUUCUCAACGUGGCGGCUGGAUACUUGUACGGGUUCGUGCUGGGCAUGGGGCUGGUGAUGGUCGGGGUGUUGAUUGGGACGUUCAUCGCCCAUGUCGUUUGUAAGCGGUUAUUAACGGACUGGGUUUUGACCAAGAUUGGAAACAGUGAACAGCUGAGUGCGGUCAUAAGGGUUGUUGAGGGUGGAAGUGGACUUAAAAUUGUGGCCUUAGCAAGACUCACACCGAUACCCUUUGGACUCCAAAACGCAGUUUUUUCGAUCACAGAGGUGUCCUUGCCAAAUUACCUAGUGGCUUCCACGGUGGGCCUGCUCCCCACGCAGCUCCUGAACUCCUACCUGGGGACGACGCUCCGGACCAUGGAGGACGUCAUCGCCGAGCAGAGUGUCAGCGGCUACUUCGUGUUCAGCCUGCAGAUCAUCAUCAGCAUCGGCCUGAUGUUCUAUGUGGUCCACCGGGCACAGGUGGAGCUGAACGCGGCCAUCGCGGCCUGCCAGAUGGAGCUCAAGUCGUCCUACAUGAACGGGAGCGCCGCCAACCACGGCGGCUCCACCUACUGCAGCAAGCGGACGGCGGCGGGGGGCGGGAUCAACGUGGUUUAAACCUCAUGCCAAAAUCUCCUGUCCUGUGCGUUUUUGCUAUUGUUGCUACUAUUAUUAUCAUUUGCAAUCAUGCAGUCGUGGACUGAAUGCCAAGGUAAAGACGCACCAAACGAAUGAAUGUGUGGAAAUACAGCUCUGGUGGCUUGCAGCGCCGCCAUUGCCCCCUGCCAGUACUGUGUUAUCAAGCGGGGGGGGGGUAUCUAGUAUUUGCUGCCGACACCAAGCCUGAGCAAAGAGCUAUGGGGUCAGACGCUCUUGUCUCCAAGUGUAAGUUGCCAAUCGGAUGCAAGCUGAGUAGUCUAUGCGCUCCCUUAGCGUGAGAUGUGUAUGAACACUGAGCCAGUAUUGAACUAAUUAUCUAUUAGAAUGGCGGUUUAAAACGAUGGUUUUUGCAGUACAUUUAAGUGGGAUUUUUAAUUGCUUCAUUGUUUUUUGUUUUUUUUUUCCUCAAAUAUGGUACUAAUUUAGAGUUUUUAAUUUGAUCCAUUUAAAGUUCAUAGUUGGCUAAGCAGGCGUAUGUAUGUGACAAACACCAGUCUGUUCGAUGCUGGAGAGAAAGUCAUUUCAGCCCCCAAAAACACGCCCAUGCUGAGGUUUCUACGGUGAGUAAUGAGCUGGAAUGAACACAGGUGGCGCUCUCGAGACAACUACUGGAAUGCACAAAGGUGUGCUUUAGUUUCAGAUGUAUCGUGGUACUUUUUAUUGUGGUUUUUUCCACAUUUGAAAGUUUUGAAGAAGUUAAACAAGGGCAUUCUUUUUUAUAUAGGCCUAGGUACGGUGACAUUUAUAACACUUUUUUUAUUUUAUUUUGCAAGAUGGAAUAAGCUGUCCGUGAGCACAGCUGGACAGUUGUGCUAGAUGUGGAGGGAUUAUCCAUGCCCUCCUUGUGCAUAUGCUGUAUGAAAACCAUGGCUGCAUUCCCUGUUGGGGAAACUAUGCCCUGCUCAAUCUCUUCUACCAUGGUUCUUGGAUUCACAGCUCCAAUAGGAACAGGUGGGGCAGAAGGCGAAAUUCUCAGCCAGAAUUUUACCACGUCCUGCCAAGAACCUUGGGUAAAAUUUGAUUAAGUCAACAGACAGACGGAUGCAGUAGCCAGCCAUUAGCCUUUAUAAAAGUCGGAUCAUGUUUCCUCCCUCCUACAGUAACUAUGACAAUGAUCUCUAAUUGCAUUCAGAAUGGGUUUUAAUUGGUUGCCAUUUUUUUUUUUCAUAUUAUACUGUUUUUCGUAGUCCCAUGUAGACAGGCAUUCACUCUGAACUCCUCAGUGGCCUAGUUCCUGACGUGACUGGAAGCUGUGCUCAUCACGCAGCACAGAUUCUGGUGUAAUACAAAUAAGAAAUGGCUCAGAGGAAGAAUGUCUGUUUCAAUACGGCAGAACCCAGUGAUCUGAAAACCGAUUCCCAAGAACAGCCUCUGUCAGCGCUGCAGAAGUGUGUCAUUUUGUUCUUUAGCACCCCACCACAAUGAACUCCUCUCUCACCACACUUCAUGGGUACAGAGAAGAGAGGAGUCACAGUUACUUUGUGUCACGCGUUACAUCGUGAACGGAGUGGCUCUGUGAGCUGAGAGUGACUCUCGUCACGCUGUUUGGAGAUCAUGCUUUCCCAUGUAAUUAUUCCAGUAGUUUUCCAAUGAGCCUGCAUAAUAUAACUAGCGUGACACGCUGGGGGAGAACUGGCAUGGCCUACCAUCGUGCCCUAGAGUGAUAAGUUAGAUAUGGCCUUAUUCCGAGCCUUGAAUGACUUACUUGGAUCGAGGCUAUUGAAAUGCAGCCUCGGGUUCUCUCUGGGAAAACGUUUUUUUUUUUUUUCUCGUAUCCCGGGAAACGGCAGACGGCGAGAUAGUUGGCUCUGAUCUGGGAAGCAUGCAGCUCCGUGGGCUUUUCAUUCCGCUCGAAAGCACACGCCUGCAACCGCACGGUUCACCUCCGCGCAAUCUCGUUCGAACCAGUUCGGACUGUAAAACUUGCUGGAUGGCCCUCCUCCGCAGCGGUAGCCAAGAGGCUACGCUUUAGAGAGCAGGGUAUGGUAGCAACAGCAGGGACAAGGCCACGUCUGCCCAGCAGUUAAACAGUGCUGUUAAGCCACUCGGCAGGUGCCCCUAGGCAGCGUGACUCACUGACUGUAAUGUACAUGACCACAUGUGCAGGGAAACUACAGUUCAAACCAUUCAUGCACAAUUUAACUAUACAUAAUUAAGUUUCAAAAGACUUGAGCUUUGGGUGAAGUAGAUUUAUUUUUUCAUACAGAGCUGAAUCUGAUCAGUCAGAUGGGGAAGAAACAUGAUCGUAAAACUUUUUUGUUCACAGAUUCAGCUCCCAAAAACCACAAAAGGUUCACAGUUCCCAGCAGGCCGAUGAAAUAAUAUUUGUUAAGUACAGCUUCGAUUCUGUUUCGGGUUUUUAAAAUGCAGCCCAUGGGUAAACACCGGGGGGAGAGCGUUUGCAUGAAUACUCUACAGGAAGACGAAGCGUAGCUGUUUAUAAGACUUGACGCAAUUGUGACUUUGCAUCGUCAUGAUAGGCAUCUCAGUUUCAGACAGACAAUCAGAUACGGUGUGGUCCCUAACAAUGAGUGGAUGUACAGUUUUUUUUUCCUGUACAUAUAUAUAUAUUUUUAUUUCCUGUCUGCUGCUUUUCAGAUUUCCGUUCAACGUUUGAAUGAUUAACGCUGGUAUUGUAUGUCGACAAGGGCUCCCGUAAAAAUUGCAACACCGCUAAUGUUUUUUUUUUUUCUUCUCUUGAUUAUACAGCUGACUUUGAUACAACUGACGGUUUACUCAUAACAGACAAACUAUCUUACUGUGGUUAUAAAUGCCGUGCUGGGCAAGACAUCAUUUCAAUAGACGAUGUUAGGUUAUUUGAAACACAUUCCUGGUUAUUUUUGUUGGAUAUUUUUCAAUGCAAACGUGUAUCCUGAACCUGUUGUCUGUCUGUCUCGCUAAGACUGCAUAGGCCCUGUGAGUUCUGAAUAUAGCAAUAAUAUUUGAAAAGCGAGCGAAAACGCAACAAAACCCACAACUGGACAAUAUUGUACGCAUCUGACAUUCCCAGGCCUGUGCUUACAGUAUUAACCUGCCUUUUAACUCCAGCUGCCUAGAACAUGUGAGGACACUAUUUACAUACGGAUUUGCUGCAUUCAUGUUCCAGGCAGGUGUCUUGUUGGUACAAUUGUGGGAGUAGAGCGGGGAGAUUUGACUUAGCUCUGCCAAGACAAAUGCAAAAAAAAAAUAAAAAAAAAAAAACAAAACAGUGGAUGUAAGGAUGGACCAUACAGACUCUUAUGUUGUUGCUUUGGAAAUGUAAAAAGUGGAAAAAAAAAAAAAAAAAUCAGCAAACCUUGUAUGGUUUAAAUACAUCAAUACCAUCGCGCUAUAUCUGCUGGCUCUACUUAACAUAGACGUAUAGUUAUGCAACAAUGGAAUUCAACU